AUGACUCCUACGAAAAGCACAGCACCUCCAGGUAAAAAUAACUAUAAGAAGAGAAAUACCGACAGACCGUCCUGUAUAUUCUCCCCUCUCCCCGCUCACGAGUACGAGCGUAGCUUAAAUCCAAAAGAGCUCGAUCAAUUCAACCAACGAGUGCAAAGGCUAGACAAACGGGUCUGGCGUAACUGCAACAGACGCAAUGUAUCCGAAUUCUGCUGGGAAGUCCACGCGUGGGAGGACGUAUUCGACCAGAUCCGAGAAGAAGACGCAUUUCGAAUGGACAAAAUCGACUACACGGCGCUUGAAAAAGACAAACACGGCAACUGGCAAAUAAUCAAGCGAACGCCAGACGCAACUCUCGGCUUCCAGCCUACCCACGGCGGCUUCGAAGCCCAAGUCCAGAGCGCAAGAGGCAACUGGGUCCCUCUCUCCCGGAUCUGCGAGGUAACCCGCGUCCCCUUCGACCGGGACGCCGACGCUCGGAGCCUCGUGUUCCCCUUCGCCAUCUACGAGGCCAAGAAGAGCUACUCCUCCGACUUCGAAGCCGAAGCGCAGAUCGCGCAUGCGUGCGACCGCUACCUAGGACUGCUAGACAGCGUCGUCCGCGACCCCAGAGACCCUGCCAAGUACCAGUGGCGAACCAGCCGCGAAUACCAGAUGUUCGCCUUUACGUCCUGCGCUUCGGAGUGGAGGGUAUACGCCGCUCGACGCUACGGCGAGUAUCACAACGUAGAGACGAUCUGGGCAGGUGACGUGAGGUUUCCAAUCCAUGCCGUAAGUCUACUAAGUAUCGUGGAUCAAAUCCAGAGGUGGGCGGCCGAUGUCUUCCGGCCGUUUGUUAUCAAACAUUUGGACAUACGCGCAAAACUCUCCGUGGACAGCACGCUCAAGUGGAAUAGGCAAGGAUUUGUUGGUCCCGAAGCCGCUGGGCCGCCGUGCGUCAUGAGGACAUAUCGUUGUCGCGAUGUAUAUAAAUGUACGAAAAGACUUAAAUUCGUGCAGACUGAUGGCGAACUCGUUCCGCCGGAAGUGCUAAGCCGAGUCUCGAGGCUAUACUCUGGUACCGUAGUAGUUAGAGAGCUUAUCCACAUAAAAUAG